AUGCCAAAUGAGAACAAUUCCACGCAAAACGAAGCGUUAUUCUACGAAGCACACAUGCUACGAGAAAUUCUAAGGAUAAACGAGUUGAUGAUGAAACAGGCUUCCUUGAACGAAGAAUUCCAUGGUAAUACUAAAGUUUCGCCGAAGAGUUGCACCAAGAAUUCCACGAACCAAAGUAAUUGUUCUGUAGAAAAAUUUGUCGACGAAACACACGAAAUACAUUUUCAAAUGACAUCGAGUGUCUCUUCGCUGCAAGAGGAAGAUGUUUCUUCAAGUACCACUGUGUUUAAGAUAGAUUCAAAGACAUCUUUCAAGAAAACAGUAUCCGGAAGUAAUCAAUUUUCUGAAUCCGUUAAUUCUUCGAGAAAAGUCACAUCUCCUAAACAUUCUUUGGAUAAAGGUAAUCAGCUCUUCGAAACAAGCGUGGAAAUUAAUGUUGGAUUAGGCCUUCUCGAUCCAACGACGCGAGAAAACUGCGUUGGUUCUUCUUUGCAGGAAGAAGAUAAAGUUUUUUCGAAAAGAAUACGAAAUGUAGAGGAUAGAGCUAUUGGAGGUACGCUUUUCAGUUAUCCUUUGGAAUUAGUGGAAAUUUUCUCGAAUAAGAAAGGAAGAAGCAGUGAGAAUAAUUUAGAUACAGGACUCGAUAUAAAUCAACAAACGUGUUCGAUGAGAGUUCUUCCAAAGCAAGAUGACGAAGAGUUUAGUAUCGUACCCGAGAAAAAUCAGAUUCCAUCGAAGAUAAAGUUGAAUAUAUCGAAGAAAGAAAUGCAAACGAUCGAUAGGAAAAACGUGGGAAGCGUCAGGCGUGGUGAUAAUGUUGAGCAAAUUUCUCGGAAAAGAUACACGCAGGAAAGUGGUCAGGACAGUGAUGAUCCGCAGAAGAAAAGCAACAAAACAAAUUGUUUGAAUAAUGGAAGUUCCCAGAAAGGAUGUAAACAGGAAAAUGUAAUCAGUGGAGAUUUACAGGAAAGUCAUGGGCCAAAGAAAGAUGAAACUAGUGAAAAUUUUCAGGCAAAAUAUACGCAUGAAAAUUGUCGAAUGAAUGAAAAUUUCGAGAAAGAAUGCGCUGCACAUAAUGUUCUAGUUAGUGGAGAUUUUCGAAAAAAAAACAUACAUGACAAUGGUCUAAUUGACGCAGAUUUGCAGAAAGAAUACAUACAAGAAAAUAAUCAAACUAACGAAGGUUUUCAGAAAAGAUGUAGGCAAGAAAAUAGUAUAGCUGGUGGAGUUUCCAAGAAAAAUAUGUCAGAAAAUAUCGCGUUUAAAUCACCCGAAGACCGGGAAAAUCGUAUUGUUAACACAAGUGGCGCAGAAAUUGGAAUAAUGCAAAUGAAUGGACAAAAUUACUUAGACGAAGAUUCUGCAUCUACGUCGGAAAAGAUUCAAACUAAUCACGAUGUAAAUUUGAUUAGAAUCUUCGAUGCGAUUGAAAAAUCGUGUAUAGAGGAAAAGAUUGAGAAAAGAAACGUAGAGAAUGAUAUCGACAAAUUUGAAGUGUCUAACGAUACGCAAAAACAUAACGCGAGACAGUCUAUUCGUUCGAAAUCGUUCAGUCUAAAUCAUCUGUCUACUUUCGAAAAUGACGUCGAAGUAUUAAAAUUACAAAAAUCGUUUGUCGAAGGUGACGAUCCUAACACCAUCGAAGACGUACAUUCUUUGGAAUGUAACAAAGAUAUGCGUAAUAUUGUUUCAUCGGAAGAGGAGGAUUUAUCAGCAAGAAACGAAGAAAAUAACGAUGAUAAAUCAAAUAAUAUUCAUUCAAUUCCUGCUCUGUCAAGAGUGACAAAAAGUCACGAUCUUUUUGCUAAUGAAAAUUGCUGCAAAUUCUUGAGUUCCAGUUCUUCAAAGAGCACUGAAUUAACAAAUGAUGCAACAACAGAGACUGGAGAAAAAAACGUUUUAAUUGAGGAAGAAACUUCCGAAGAAAAGCAUCGAGACGUCGUUGAUUCAAUUCCUCUGUCACAGAAUUUGAAUAAUACAGAAAAAUUCUGUACGAAGAAUGGCAACCUCGAUGCCAGUGAAAACUCAGAUUUCUCGAAACUUCAUGAGUCUAUCGUUAACGUUGACUCUGCACAUGUGGAUGUUUCGUCCACAUUUGAGAAGGAAGAUCAAAAUGUGAAAGGAAAAUGUCAAAAAAAUAAUUUGAAGAUCGAUCCGCGCAAAUUAGACGCAUUUGGUGACAGUGCCAAUAAACAGCUUUCCAUGAACUCGAACGAAAGCAAAGCUUCGGAAACAACGUUGCAGCAUAACGAAUCUAAGGAUCUCGGAGAUUCAAGAAAUUUAUCAUCCUCAGAAAGCAUAAAUCAUUCGAAAGAAAAAUCAAAUCUUCAAGGAAAAGAUGCGGACGUAGACUCGUCGAAAGAGAACAAACUCAAGACAAUCGCUGAGAAGCAAGAAAAUCAGAAAAGUAAUGAUACCGAUAAGGAUGUAACUGUCGACGAUAAAAAUUUGUCGUGUAGCGAAACUGUUCCAUCGUCGAUAAUCAACGACAAAGAUAUAGAGGAACGAGAUUCUGCAGAUUUUGAUAAGGAAAUUACGAGAAUCGCGAUUAACGAUAACAAUGAUGAAAUAGCUAUGCGAAAAUCGAAACGAGAUAGUAUCAAUUACGAGGAUAUGAACGUAUGUAAAAUGUUGACGAAGAUUCACGAGAGUUUGACGAGCAAUUGGCAACGAAUGGGACGGCUUCGGAUGAGAUUAGAAGUCCCAAUUUCGAUAGAAUCUGUCAAUCCGACGUUGAUGUUACAAUUACUGGACAAAACCAUCACUAGGUGCAAGAUUUACAUUCACGAUUCGAACGAUAGCCACGAAGCUGAAUUGCAAAUGGCUAACCUACUGGCGAAACACGUUGCCCGGAUGAUAAAAAUUGUAAAAAUUCUUACGAUAACUUUAAAAAAUCAAGAACGACGCGUCGACCAAAUGCAAUUAGAAUUACUUCAAAAGCGUUAUGUUAAUAAAAAAAGGUUUAUUUUGAACGAAACGAUUUUAAUUUCAAGAUAUUGGGUGGCAGAAAUAUUUUGUUACAUCGAAUAUAUUUCACGUUUGGUGAAACAAGUAAUGUUCGAGAACGAAGAGAAAGAAAAUGUUAAAAGUUUAGAAAGACGUAAAAUGCCACGUCGUAUAGUAAACAGCUCUUCUAUUAAUGACGCCAAACAAACAACUGGUACUGUUCGCACAGGAAAUAUAAAAUCAGAGCUUGUGAAAAAGGAAAGCACUGUGGAGACUCAAAUGUCGGUAGUUUCGAAUUCCGUGAAUUCUUUGAAACAGUGCAAUUUCACGAAACGCUUAAGCCCUGGAAGAUGUGUGGAAAAAGAAAAGCAUCUGUAUGAAGCGCAGACAACUGUUACCGAUAAAAAAAUGGCCGACAAUUAUCGCCAUGCAGAGAAAGGGGAACUACCAAAAAAGAUAGCGUUGAGUACGAAUUCAAAUCAGUGCAAACAAUCGAUGUCUCGUCAGAAGCAACGUGCUUCUAGUAAUCAACAACCAGCUUGGAGGCCAGGAGGUGCGGUCAAAAUUCCUAUUUUUAACAGUGCAACCACGUUGAGCCAGAAAACUCGUCCAGCGAUACAUGUCAGAGAAAAAACGUAUCCGGAAAAUGCAAAGACGUCUGCGCAUAAACGAGGAGCUUCGAUGGACCAUAUACUUGUAAAGACAAAUCUUACGAAUGUCGAGAAAACUAUAGACGAUAACGGGAAACGAACGACGAAGAUGUCCAAUCACAUCCAAGAAGAGAAACAUGGACGAGUAGGAAACGAAUUUAAGAAGAAACCGUCUACCGAGGUAUAUCCACACAAAGAUACUGUUCCUAAACUGACCAUUAACAUUUUAAAAACGACAGGCAAAAGAAGUAGCACAAGCUUGAAGGCUAGUCCCAGAGCGAAAUCAAAACCGAAAACAUUGCGACAUCCAUCAAAAAAAUUUAGUGAAUCGGAAAGGACUGCCUGGGGCAUAAAAAAUUACACUAACGCGUCAGUGUGUGACAUUAUUAAUAAAAGAAUCACAAGAGAAUCGGAAAUUCUUCGAGCACUCGAAAAAAUUAUUAAAGCUACGCCAGAAAAGAACAAAGGAAAAUAUGUUGAGAAACCAACGUACUGUUAUAAAAAUCAAGCUCAAGGGGAAACAAACGAUGUUUUCAAACAACCGAAUGAACCGAUCGCAGUUAAAGAAGAAAUGAAGAUUAACGAGGAGGAGCCUACGAGGGAUAUCGAUUUUGAGCAAUAUAAAAAAUGUCAGUUAAACGAAGUACAGUUGAAGGAAAAGUUUCAAGAAGAUCAUCAGAUAGCGAAGAACUUUUCAGAGAAUCUUCCUGAAAAUCUUUCGAUACCAAUUAUGCCAAAAAAUGUUAUUCCUGUUCUAAAUACGAGCGUUGAAGAAAAUACUAAAAAUGUUGCAACAAACGAACAUUUCGAACAUUUCCAGUCAAAAGCUCAGUCAAGCGUUGCUUUAGGAACUACUACGAGUUGUAUUGUGGAUAUUAAUUCGAGCUCAGUUGAUAGUAUCAAAAUAGAAGCUACGAAAUCUUGUCAAACUUCUUCCAACGCUAUUUCUUCGCCAGAUGUUUCAGAACUAAAACAAAAAAGAGAAAAAUCCAAAGAGAACGACACUUGUCAAGAGAAUAACACUUUCUUCCUCGAUAAUAACAGAAAGCGACAGAAAUGUGAUAGUACGGGGUCGAAGAUCCUGAAUAAUCCAUCGAUUAUGAAAAAGGAGAAAACGAGAAUAAACUCUCAUGCAGUAUCAUUGAGCAUGUUAAAGGAAUUCCUUUGUGAUCAGGGUAUCGACGUUGAUUUGGUAAAUAAAGCUGAAAGAUAUCUAAAGGAUAAACAGAAAACUUGCAAAAGUUUAAAAAAGAAAUCUAUCAGCUUCGCGGAUGUACCUUCUUACAUAGAACAUAAUCGACAUUUUGAAAAAAAGACGAUUUUGAAGGAAGAGCAUUCUUGGGAGGAGAAAUUGGACAAAAAUAUUGAAGAAGAUAUUGAGAAGGAUUUAAGAAAAACUAUCGGAAAAUCUGAAACUUUUAUUAACGAUGAGGAGAAUUUAAAUGAAGUUCCUUUGCCAAAAACGAAAGAUAUUGCUACGUGUACAAUUAUAAACAAUAACGACGCCUAUUCUCAAACGGUUAUCCAUUGUAAGAUAUCCAAAUGUUUGCAGUCUACUCCUGAGAAGGACGCUUUAACGUCGAUAGAAUUGCAAGCUACGGGGACGCAAACGGAAGUGGAAGGAAGAAACGCGUGUUCAAUGACAGAGUCGCUUAACUGCAGUUCCCCAAAAGCGUUAGGAAAGUCGUAUGUUUGCAAGUCUGUAACUAUCGAACAUGUAACUGAACUUAAGAAGAAAGAUGUAGGAUCGAAAAUGCAUAAAGACUCAGAAAAUUCCAAAUCACAAAACGAUUUGCACAAAGAUUCCAAAAAUGUUUCUACAAAAUCUAUCGAUAUAGAGUCUACAGACAUUGAAGAGACGAAUAAAAUUGAGAAACAUUCAUCGAAAGAGUGUUCUCGAGCGUUUGAAAAUUUAUUAAAUCAGAUGCGCGAGGAAUAUAAUGAAUCUUUACCGAAUUAUAAAAAGGAUGACGCGUUGGAUGAACUACGUUUCAACGAAUCGAAAAUAUCAUUAACAUCCAACAGUUCGUCUAUGAUAAUUAAGGGAGAAAGUAAAGAGGAAGGUCAGUCUCCUGUUAAAAUAGUUUCCAGUGGAAUAGUAGCUGCCCUUCAAGUGGCCGUCAUCAGAGCUCGGAACGUGUACAAAGCCCUUGACAUCUAUAAACGAAGAUUAAGCAACAAUCUGAAGAAACGACAUAAAGAAUCGAGACGAAAAGAGAAGAUAAGCAAAGUUUGUAAAACGUGCGAGGAGGAAUCGAAAAACGUGUCGAGAAGCAGCAGCGUGGUGAAGAUCAUUUUGCAAAAAAGAGACGACAGUAGAAACGCCGUUAUCGAAGUAUUUAAGGAUCUCAGACAAGCGGAAGUUACAUCAGCGUUAAGCGAAAUAUGCUUGGAUCGUCAUAGCGAUGUCAACAGCGAAUCUGAAGAAGACAGUUUUGAGUCUGUUGUUAAUUUAUCAACGAGUACUUCCUUCAGUGAAGUCAGUUUUAAAACAGUCGACCUGGGAAUUCCGAAAAGGUCGUCCAGCAGCGUUGUUUUAAGAGACGUGGGAUCUUUGAUGGGAUUUUUGAUAAGCAAGAUCGAUGAUGUAACGUUCGGGAGAAUUGAGUGUGUUACAAAAAUAUCGAAUACAUGCGAGCCAGAGUUUUGCGGAGAUAUGAGGAUGGAAGUUGUGAAAGUGGAAAGACGAGUUUCAGUAUUCUCAACAGAGAGUUUAUUGAUUUUAGUUUACGGCAUGUUGUGCUCUGUCGUUUUCUGGUGUUUAAAUUUUACCAUUAGCUGCGAGGUCUUAUGAUUUAUGGGGUCGCUUUGUGUUGUAUUGUUCAUUUAUAUCGUUCUUUUCCUGUUCGAUUUUGUGAAUGUUGUAUCGUUAGUUCUUUUGCCUACGCUUUAUAUACAUUUAGUCUAUUGUUAAUUACAAAAUUUAACAAAAAAUAAU